CUCACCACCUCCUCACAACAACCACACGACCACCUCCGUUCGUGCUGUCCACCGACCAAAACAAGCAAAAUCAAAUGUCUCUCCACCAGCAUCCACAAUGGUGAAAUUCUUCGACUCCUCCUUCACUUAUGACUACUCCUUCCCAGCCGUGACCCUUGCCUACUUCCUGCGAUACCCGAACCCCUACAGCACACACGUCCUCUCGACCGACGUAAUCGAGCGCUCCAUCGACAGUAACGGCCGCCUGAAAACCCUACGCAUCCAUCGCAAGUCCUCUCGUCUGCCGCCUGCGGUGCUGAAGCUGCUUCCGAAGAGCGUGCUAGGUAAUGUCAGUGGCGGGCGCUCGGAAAGCUAUAUUUUGGAGACGAGCACGAUUGAUGUGAAGGAAGGAUGGAUGCGUACUGAGAGUAAGAAUCUUGAUUGGACGGGCAUAUUGAGUGUGGUUGAGAAGCAGGAGUAUCAGAGGAGGGUGCCAGAUGAUGAGGGUGAUGAUUUUAGUGUCGCGGCUGGGACCACGGGGGUCGUUACUACGGUGAUGUUCAGGAGUCGGCUGGGAGAUAGAUUAAGGGCGAGAGCAAAUAGGAAGGAUGGGGUGAAGGAGGAGGCUGAGGAGAAGAAGGGCUUCUUGGCGAGCUGGAGCACGAGCGGGAUUCAGCGGAGCAUCGAGGCGAUUGCCAGCCGACGGACGGAGAACCAGUUGGGGAAGAGCAAAGAGGGCAUGAAGGUUGUGUUGGAGAGAUUGAGGAGCGGUGGUUUAGUAGGCGUAUUGGAGGGAAUGAGAAGAGAUAGGGAGAUGGCAUUUGGUGGUGAGAAUGUGUGGACUCGGGGGUGAGGUGGAAGCACAUUUGACGAGGUCUGUAACAAGGUAUACGGAUCUUUCGGAAGAUAAUUUUUUCAGGCCACGGGCCUUUGUACAGGUACACACAUUUGGGAGCGAGGAGUCUGGGUUGGUCGUCCGGGCGUUUUGUUCCAUUAGUCCGCUCUCCAACAAAGUAUAAAAAGUAAUUAAAAUGCUUGGAAAUUUUAUAUUAUACGUGAGGUCAAUGUCUAGUGUAUACAAUCGUUCUAAUAGAGUUGAAGUUUCU